CCUACACCUAAAAACAGCAGCAGGUGUAAGGUCAUGAACCUUGUUCAAAGCAUUAUUUCUCUUUAUCAUGCAACGAAAGGUCGCACAGUUUUUAGUAAACCCACAGGAAAUUUCGUUCAUUUAAGGUAAAGUCAAUGAAACCUUAAGAUCUCCAAUUUGGUGGUUAGAGUGUGUGGGCAAAUCGCAAAAAUGGAUAUAGAACAUAGUAUUAAAUCGGAAAUAUUGAGUGAUAAAAUUAGAAAUAAUUCGAAUAACUUGUGCCUGACGGUGGAACUGUGUGUGGUCUGCGGCGACAGAGCUUCAGGGAGACAUUAUGGUGCUAUUAGUUGUGAGGGCUGCAAGGGGUUUUUUAAAAGGUCUAUUCGAAAACAACUUGGUUAUCAGUGCCGGGGAAGCAAGAACUGUGAAGUUACCAAACACCAUAGAAAUAGGUGUCAAUACUGUAGAUUACAGAAGUGUCUCGCAUGUGGAAUGAGAAGUGAUUCUGUACAACAUGAGCGCAAACCUAUUAUAGAUAAAAAAGACUACUCGAAUAACAUAGGAAAUAAUUAUAAUUCCCAUAGUGUAAAUAAGAUUUUUAUAAGGAAGGAUUUGAACACUGAUUCGUCAGGAUUGUUACCAGCGCCUUUUAAUCCUUGUGAUUUGGGGUUACAAUUUCUCAACAAACGCAUAGGCAACAGUGGGUCCUCUGAUUUGCCCUACCACUUAUCUCCCAGUCAAGCCAGCAUUGAAGAUGACAUUUCAAUGGACAGUACAAACACUGGAGCCGGCGAAUUAAGUGACGCUCUAAUAAUGGCACGUGAUAAACAACUAAUAUCGAAAGCCUUGGACACCAUGGCACGAGUCCAAUGUUUAAACGGCACCGAUUUAUCUUCCUUAAGCGCAUCCGACGAAAAAUGCUACGAAUACGAAGGACCAAUUUUGCAGGAACAACAUAUUACUUUUAAUCUACAAAUCCCAGGACCAGUACCACCGUAUUUAAAUAUCCAUUAUAUUUGCGAAAGCGGAUCUAGAUUACUCUUCCUCUCGAUACAUUGGACGAGAAAUAUUCCGGCUUUUCAGUACUUAGCAACUGAGACUCAAAUCACGCUACUUAGGGGCUGCUGGGCAGAGUUAUUCACGCUGGGUUUGGCGCAGUGCUCGCAGACUUUGUCUUUAUCCACGAUCCUGUCAGCGCUGAUAAGUCACUUACAUACGUUGAUCGCGCAGGACAAGAUGUCCGCCACUAAGGUGAAACAAAUCAGCGAUCAUAUCGUGAAACUACAAGAUUACGCAACCUCCAUGAAUCGAUUAAAUGUGGACGAACACGAAUAUGCGUAUUUAAAAGCCAUCACUUUGUUUUCAGCGGACCAACCAGAUAUAUUGUUGAGGAAACACGUGGAGAAGUUGCAGGAGAAGUCGUUCCAGGCUUUGAAGAAUUAUGUGCAUAAUAGUUUUCCAGACGAUACUGACCGGUUUCCGAGGCUGCUGCUGCGUCUUCCUCCACUUCGUGGCUUGGAACCGAUAGUCUUAGAAGAGUUGUUCUUCGCAGGUUUAAUAGGACAAGUGCAAAUAGACAGUGUGAUUCCGUACAUUCUGCGCAUGGGCAGUGGGAUGCCGACGCCUACGAGUAACAGACACGUCAAGUCGGAACAAAUUGAAGAUUUUAUGUGUAAAUAAUGUUCGUCGUGCAAUGUUCCUUACACUUUUGAUGUUUCUUUUUCGUGAUUUAUUUAUAUUUUAGAAUUAUUUUUAUAUAUAUACAAUAUCUUUUGUAACAAAUGCUCUCCUUACUUUACAUAUUUAUUCAUAACAGGUGUGGAUGAAUUAUCUCAUGUACCUUUAUAGUUCUAAGUUGUAGUUUUAGUUACGUAGGUAUGAAAUAAGUGUUUCAUUCCUCUGCGAUAAGUUUGUGUUUUGAAUGUGUGAAAAGGCAGUGUCGAAAUCAUCCAAAGAACCAGUGAAAAUGGAUGGAACUGAAACUUGCUACUUAAUGACGUGUAAAGCAUGCGCAGUGUCACUAACCCCACUUUUCGUAACGUCAGCCAAUCACGCUUGUCAUUCGAACAUUCCGUAAUCGCUUCCGAUAUUUAUUUGAUUUAUCGUUUCAUAGUUUUGAUUGCAAAAUCCCAUUUGGUCGUACUUAGUUCUAGUGCCUGAAUUGUGUAGUAUUAACAAAAAUUGUAGGAGCAUUUUGACUUUAUUAAUAUGGCGAAACUUUUAGUUCCAGCCAUUUCUCAUGUUUUAUGAAAUUGUCCAACCUUUUUGUAUACUUAAUAGUUUAUUUAUAUUAGUGUAGUUUUCUACCGUAACUUUGAAAUUUCUUAACUGACUUAAGGUAUUUGGUGCAAUGCACUUAUGAUGUGAUAAAGUAGGUUUGUGCCUUGGCAAUUUUAUGGACAAUAUGACUUAAAUUGUAUUGUAUUUUUGGAUCACUUAAUAAAACUUUUCUUAAUA